AUGGUGACUGGUAUGCAGACGGCAAGGAAUAAGGCUGAAGCGCAAGGUCGAAAAGCAAAGAGAGUUCUCGUCGAAAGAUCUCCGGACGGUGGGGAACUACUCCCUUGGGCGCUUGAUUGGGAAGGGCUCGUUUGGGAAAGUGUACCUGGCAUCGCACAAACUUACAAAUGGAUCGAAGGUUGUGCUCAAAUCAGCGAACAAAGACGAUUCAAAUCUCGCGCGAGAGAUACACCACCACCGUCAAUUCCUCCAUCCACAUAUCGCCCGACUGUACGAGGUGAUGAGCUUUACAAUUAUUUAUUAAAUCAUGGGCCACUACCAGUCGAGAAGGUGCAGCGCAUCUUUACACAAUUAGUCGGCGCGGUUUCAUACGUACACAACUCUUCGUGCGUUCACCGCGAUCUGAAGCUCGAAAAUAUCCUACUGGACAAAAACGAGAAUGUCAAAUUGGUUGACUUUGGUUUUACACGGGAAUAUGAAGGGAAAGCCAGCUACCUUCAAACUUUCUGCGGAACUGUUUGCUAUAGCGCUCCGGAGAUGCUGAAAGGGGAGAAGUAUGCUGGAGAAAAGGUCGACGUGUGGAGUUUGGGUGUCAUUUUGUAUGCCCUUCUAUGUGGCGAGCUGCCUUUCGACGACGACGAUGACAAUAUAACGAGAACAAAGAUAUUGACGGCCGAUCCCAAGUGGCCGGAUCAUAUAACGCCUGACGCCAAGUCAUUAUUGAAUAGCUUACUUUCGAAACGGCCACUUAUUAGACCAGCCUUGUCAGAUAUUCUAACCCAUCCAUUCUUAGCAGACUACGCGCCUCAGCAACAAGCAAUUCUAAAGAUACAGCAGCCGGCUCCAUUCACUACUGAGCUGGAGAAGGAGACUCUGGAAAGAAUGCGUAGUGCAGGGGUAGAUAUUGACAAGGUUAUUGAGAACGUCCUAGCAAGGCGAUGUGAUGCUCUGGCAGGCUGGUGGUCGUUGCUUAUCGAAAAGGAAGAACGCAAACAGAUUCGUAGAGAGAGGAAGCGGAGAGAACGGGAAUCCGAAAGCAGAGCAUCGAGAAGACUGAGUGGAGCAAGUAGUCGUUUAGAACGCAUGGCGCCGAUCUUGACCGGUGUAGAUGAAGAGGGACAUGAAAUCAGACUUAGCGAGCCACCUAGGAGUAGAGGCAGGAAAGAGAGGCGAAGUGCGCAUUAUCCAGAGCUGAUUCUCACGGGUCUGCCAGGAUUACCAGAGAAUGCUCAGCUUGACUCUCCGGAUGUUGCAAAUCCUCCUCCGCCAAUCGAAAAGGACUCGAUACGAUCAGCAAGUUCAUCUCGACAUCGAAGACCAAUUCCUCCACCUAAAGAGGGAUUAUUACGAUCCGCGAGGUCAAGGGGUAGUACACUCCAACUUGUUACGCAUAACCCAGACUUAUUAUCUCCACACACAAAUGGUGGUGGAUCACCGAGACCGCAGCGAAGGAAACACCAGCAUGCUUUCAUCAAUCAACUUGCUCAUUGGAAGCAUUGGCUACUCGACAAUGCCAAACGUGCCAAAUCACCUGGAAAGAAAGCAACUCAAUCCACGCCUGACUUACUUACCAAAUCGGCUGGCAGUUCUAGGACAGGACCUGAUCUGAGUCCACGGCCAAAUACUUCAAAGACGCGCGAGACUUCGAGACCGCCUUUACUACCAGCACCACUGAGUCACCCUCCUAUACCGCGCGUAUUUAAUACACCAAACAAUAAGCGGCAUUCAUUGUCACCGGCUCCAUUAACACCUAGGUCUGCCUUUCGACGAUCAAGCACAGGAUUGCGUGGGCGGAAAUCCACGUCUUCGUCUGUUUCCUCGAUUCGGACAAUCCAUCAUCACCACCAUAGCCACUCCAAAGCUUCCUCGACCUCCUCAAAUGGCUCGGUUUCGACUAGCAAGAUCUCAGUGCCGACUCGAAGCCCUCAUCAUUCCGUGAAAGUGCUCCCAGCGACGCCGACGACAGGCUCAUUUCCUUCCAACAUCCGAGUGGUGCGACAGCCACCGGUAUCCUCAUUCAACGAAGCAGUAUCUUGGGGCAACAACGGCUCCUCGAACAGCGUCUUCGGCGGUGGCCUAGUAUUCGCGAAACGCAAAAAGAACCUCUUCAAAGGGCCCAACCUCAACACGUCCUCACCUGGCCCCAGCGGCAGUGGUACCAGAACCGGCAGUCACAGCCGCAGCACCAGUUUAGCCGGACGCAGGAGCGGCGAAAUCAUCGAAGAGGAAGACGAGGAUGAGAUUGAGGAGGUCGAUGCGUUUAGUCCCAUCACCGACGAUCUUGCCGAGGAAACAAUCUUCCCGCCUGGCGAAACGCCGGUGCAGACGCCAAAACUUAGUUAA